AUGUUUACGCCCCCCAAUCCCCCCUCCAACAACCCCCCGCCGCUCUCCUACUCCCCCUUCCCCUCCUCAUCCCGCCACCGCCUCCCGCUCCCCCCACACUCAUCCCUAUCCAACUCCUUCUCGUUCGACCCCAACCCAAACCCGGACCACUCCCUCUCUCUCGACUCUGAUGCGAGCUACUCAUUCUAUCCCGGGGCUGGCAAACGCCCGAGACCGUCCAGUCUCACAAUGUUCUCGGGCGCGGCGAUGGAUAGUGCUGUCGAGCAGGGUAACCGCGGUAUAGCUCAAGUGUCGCCUAGAGCCAAGCCUAGCCCGGUGGGAUCGAAACGGUCGACAGCUACUGUCCGUCCGGGCUUUCCAAGAGGAUCAAGUGCAAGAGAGUAUGCCAAUGGAAGGCCAAUGUCGCGGAUGAAGGAAACUAUCAAUGUGGGCGAUGCGGACGAAGGGGCGGAUGAAGGGGAAGAACGGAAUUGGAGUAUGGUUGACUCUAUGCGGUUGUGGCGGCAUGAUGCGAUCAUGCAGCAUCUGUAUGAGACGGCUGCGUUCUGGGGAGACAAGAUUCUGAGCUGGACAGCCGACCCGAAUGAUGCGUUUUGGCUGGCGCAAACACAUUUCCUGACUGGACACUAUCUUCGAGCAGAGAAGCUCCUGACAGAACCUUUACCGCCCCCUCCAAAAGGUUUCCUGCCGUCAAGAGACUCGCGCGACAAAGGCAAGAUGCGGGAUGACGAUCAACACAUGAACGGGCACGACGAGAAGGUCGAUCUGGAUCUGAAGCUGGUGGAUGAGAGCUUGGCAUGUCGGUACCUCGCGGCGCAAUGUCUAGUACAUCAAGAAAAAUACGAAGAAGCCUUGGAACUGGUGGGCGAAGCCAACCCCUUCAGAGCGACAGAUCAUUCCUCUCAAUCACCCGACGAACCUUCGCAAGACGGAGGUAUCAAACUGCAUUCUUCGCUCUGCCAUCUCAGAGGUCUGCUACAUCUGCGGCUGUCCUCCUUUACUUUCGCCAAGGAGUCGUUGAUGGAAGCGCUCGCGCUAGAUGUGAAGAAUUACGAUGCUUUUCGGGAAUUGAUAGAUGGUGGGAUGAUGUCGGAGCAGGAGGUAGAAUGGGAGUUUAUAAGUGGUCUUUCGUAUCGGAAACAACUAUCCCAGGACGACGCCAACUUUGUAAAGAUGAUCUACUUGACAAAGCUGAAAAAGGAUACCCACGCCCAAGAAGUGGCUGCGGCUCGAGAAAGCCUCACCAAACAGUACGCCCUGGGUGACAACUGCGAUGUCCUCGUUGGUCUCGCCGACGAGCUCUAUUCGAAAUACAAAUGGGAAGAAUGCUACGCUGUCACCGCCAAAAUUCUCUCCCGCAUCCCCGGCCACACCAGCGCCCUCCCCAUCCACCUCGCUUGUAUGCACCACAUACAUCGCCUCCGAUCCGCGCUCUUCAUCCUUGCCCAUGACCUUGUGGACCAAGAUCCCCAGUCUGCCCUCACGUGGUACGCUGUUGGGCUGUGGUACUUUUCUGGCAAGCGGUGGGCGGACGCGAGGAGGUAUUUCAGUAAAGCAAACUUGAUCGAUUCGAGGUUUGCGCCGGCGUGGAUUGCUUUUGCGCAUUCGUUUGCGUAUGAGGGAGAGCAUGAUCAUGCCAUAACGGCGUAUUCGACUUCUGCGAGGUUAUUUCAGGGUUCACAUCUUCCGCUAUUGUUCAUUGGGAUGGAGCAUCUGCAAUUGAGCGCCUCGAGCCUCGCAGAAGAGUACUUCUUGGCAGCAAAAGCCAUCAACGCGGCCGACCCUUUGCUCUUGAAUGAGUUUGGUGUAGUGCAUUACAACAAGGAAGAUUACUCGGGAGCUGCUAGCUACUUUCGCAAAGCCCUCCGUGCUUCUGCCGAAAUGCAGGGCGUCAAAAGCGUCUGGUCAGUCACGUACUGUAACCUUGGGCACUCUUACCGGAUCAUGCGCGAUUAUGACAAAUCCGAACACAACUACCGCCAAACUAUCCGCCUCGACCCCACCAAUCCCGUCGCCUACUCUUCCCUCGCCCUCAUCUUCCACCUCAAAGGCGACAUUCGCGGCGCCAUCCAAAUCUACCACCAAGCCCUCUCCCUCUCUCCCCAAGAUCCUCUAUCUACUGUCUUGCUUGAGAUGGCGCUCAAAGAGCAGAUGGAGGCGCUCAACCCGACGACUUUACCUGGUCUGCCGGGACAACUAGGCGGGCGGGAUAUGGAUCCGUUUAGGGUGCCAAAGGGGAAUGCGGCGUUUGGGCCAGUGCCGGUGGAGGUGGAUCCGGGGAGUUUACAAGAGGCAGGUGGGUUGAGUUUGGUCUACGAGCCUGGGGAAGGGAGUCGAUCGACGAUGAUGGCGGGCAGAGGGCAAGAGUAUGAGGAGGAUGGGUCGACUAUGGAUAUUGAGGAUGAAUAG